CAAACGUGCUUAUCGAAAACAAACAGAAAUUUUAAACGGCGGGCGGCAUGGCUAUCUGAAUAAUAUAGGCUCUACCGGCGUUUUAUUCGUCGUCGUAGUCACGCGUUUAGGCCGCAGUUCACGUUUAGUAGUCGAGUACCGCUGAAACGACGCCGAGUGACAAAGUAACAAAAAAAAAAAUAAAUUGUACAUUUUCUGCGAACAUGUUGAAAAUCGGAUUUUUCGGUGCCGGCAAAAUGGCCCAGGCGUUGGCCAAAGGUUUCUUGACGGCCGGUCUCGUCAAAGGAGAAAACAUCACGGCCAGCUGCGCUCCACAAGACACGCAGUGCGUUAAAGCUUUCGAGGGAUUCGGAUCGACGGUGACUUUCGACAACCGGUCGGUGGCCGACAACGCGGACGUCCUACUGUUGGCCGUCAAACCGUCCGUGGUCAAGACGGUACUGGACCAGAUCCGUCCGAAUUUCACGUCCAGCAAACACCUGCUGCUGUCCGUCGCCAUGGGCGUCACCGUAAAUCAGCUGGAAGAGCUCUUACCGGAAGGCUCAAGGGUGAUGCGAGUGAUGCCCAACACGCCUGCAUUGGUUCAGUGCGGCGCUUCCGUGUAUGUGCCAGGCAAACGGGCGACGGACGAAGACGAGAAGCUGACGGCAAAACUUUUGUCGUCCGUGGGCACGGCGGAGCGCGUGCAAGAGUACUUGAUGGAUCCGAUCACAGCGCUCAGCGGUUCCGGUCCGGCAUACGUAUACGUUAUUAUCGAAGCGCUGGCCGACGGUGCCGUUCGCAUGGGCAUGCCUAGAGACAUGGCCUAUAGAUUAGCGUCACAGACAGUCCUGGGCGCGGGGACCAUGGUUCGAGAUACACAAGAACAUCCGGGAAAACUCAAGGAUGACGUUACCUCACCAGCGGGUUCUACGGCGGCCGGUCUCUGUGCUCUGGAAAAUGGCGGUCUAAGGUAUACGAUCAUCGACGCUUUGGAAAAAGCUACGGAAAAAUGUAAGGAAACAUCAAAGGCACUUUAAAAGAUUUGUUAGUCGAUUUGACCAUGAUCGUGAACAUUCAUAUUCACUGUAAUAUAUAGACUAAUUGACAGGUUUUUUUUAAAAAUGAUUUAACUGUUUAAAUUUGUAUUAUACAUGUUUUAUAUUUUGUUAUUAAUUUUAUUUAUUUUUUAUAACUGUGUUCAAAGUACAUUUGUACUUAUAUCUAUAAUGUUUAUUAUUUAUUGUAUAUUUUCUUGAUUAAGUAAAUUACCUAAUUAAAUAGUUCAAGUUUUAUGAAGA